AUGCGUCGACAAAAUGGGCCUAAACGUACACUGGCUUGCGACAAUGAUCGAGCUGAACUUAUCGACGCUGAAGAGCGACAAGAUGAGCCAACAACAAAGGAGCUGGCCUCUCGAUUGGAUCGAAUUGAGCGUCAAUUAAGCGACGUACUUUCUGCAGUCUCUCAACAGUCGUCUGGCUCCACCGCUCCAGAAAUGCCUUCUGAUCAGAUGUCCACAGCUCGUGGGAGUAAUGAGCCCAACCCUGCUCACAAAAAUGCGUCGAGAAGCUCAGUUCCUGGACACGGUCGGAAGGAAGGAUUCCUUGGUGAAACUUCCAUCAAUCACGCGCUUGAAGAAAUUGAGGGCUACUUGAGACAUGUCCGAGAGCUUCACCCCCAGCUGGAGACGUCAGCGUCCCGCGAAGAGUCCAUAGUAGUCCCAUCGUCUCCCAGUAGUAAUUCUCGGCGUCCAACUCCUUUGGAAAUUCUCAGGUGUCGUGGUAUCAGUGCAGAUGUGCGACAAUGGUCAAUAUUCCUUCAGAUCUUCUGUGAUGAGGUGCAUGUUUUGUUCCCUUUUCUUCAUCUACCAAGCUUAUGGACCAAGAAUACCACAAUGUGGAAUCAUUAUCUCCGCCUACUCUCUGCUAAUGACUCGGAGUACACUGCGGACAGCCGAUUCAUGAUUGCCCAAACAUGGAUCUGCGUUGCUAUCGGAAAGUGUACAGCAUCGCCUCGCAGUAGUACUCAAGAUGGCAAGCAUUCUUCCGGUUGGAGUCUAUACAGGGCUUCCUUAGAUCUCAUCGGCGAUCUUUUGCAUGGUCCCCAAGACUGCUCAGACCAAAUGACCGUUUUACAGACUUUUGCUUUGAUGGUUGUUUAUCUUUUUCGAGUCGAUGCAAAUGAAAGAGCUGAGAAGAUCCUGGCCAUUGCAAUCUCCCACUCGCAUCAUUUGGGUCUUCAUCGAUCUAAGGUGCUUAGCACCAUGUCGGCGUUCAACAGUGAGAUGUUUAGGAGGCUCUGGUGGUGCCUCUACGUGUUAGACCGGAGAUUGGCGAUUGAGACCGGUCAUCCCAUUCUAGUCCAAGAUGUUAAUGUCGAUGUCCCAUAUCCUCAAAAUCUUGGCGAUGGCUGGCUCGCCGCUCACCAAGAUGAUCACAUGAGCUGCCUCGACCUGAGUGCCGACAUUGAUACCGAGGUCAAUCGAGACAUAGUCACUCCUAUCCCGUAUCUUGUCGCUACCAUACAUUACUCGAGGGUGGUGGGGAAAGUCUGGGAGGCCGUAUAUGGUGCCCGUGGAAGUAAUAUGGUCCCUAGUGCACCCCUGCUAAACCAAUUGGAAAAUACCAUUUCACGAGCUCAGGCCGAUGUCCGACCUGAAUUCUCGACUUUGAAUAAAGAGUGUCCGCAAGGUUAUCACAUUACUACCACCCUUCCAUGGUGGCGGAUCAAACAACAAAUGGUUAUGCGUAUUCGAUGGCUAUGUCUCCGUCUCCUCAUUCGCAAACCAGUAUCACGCGGAACAAAUCUUUCAGGUUCGCCGGAAAAUGAUACUACAUGUAUAAAUAUUGUACGCGACAUACUACAAGAGUUCUCGCAAGUGCCAGAAGCGAAAGCCAAGUCGGCUUUCCCUUUCCUUCACUACCUUGCGGGGGCUACAAUGAUUUCUCUAAGCUUGAUUGCCAGGAAGCCUGAAUCCAAAUCAACUCUAGGUUCACUUACUCUACAAGCGGCAAGCUCGUUAGAACGCUAUUGUCAGAAUACAUGGGUAUCUGGGAAAAUGGUUCGGACGGUAUGGAAACUGAACCAGAUGGUGAAGGCUGUUACGCAAAGCUCCAUUUCCCUACAGCCAUCUGCGCCUACCGCCCAGCGGUCUUCUACCGGCUUUGCAAGUAACCAGCUCACGAGUGAAGGAACCGGUGUUCGGCAUGUGCUUCAAAACACAUAUCGUGAAAGCAACCCCAUUCAAAAACCAUCAUCGACAGCUCGCACAGCUGCAGGGUCGCCGGGAAUUUCAAACCCGAUGGAUAACUGUGACCCCAGUGCUCCUAUUGGCCAUACCCAAUAUCCGCAGCAAUCAUGCCCGGGAGCAAUUACAGAUCUGCUGAUGACUGAUUUCGAUUUCGAACAAACCACGCAGGACUUCCCAGUGGGGACCCACUUCUCAGGGAAUCAGAGGUACUGGCCAAAGUAA